AUGUCCACAACCAACAACACUCUCAAGAAAGCCCUCUUGUGGUUCCGAAAUGAUUUACGUCUUCACGAUAAUGAAAGUCUCAUCAAAACUCUUCGACUUGCAAACUCAUCCAAUAAUAACACAUCAAAGGUUGGAGUAUUGCCACUCUAUUGCUUUGAUCCGAGACAUUUUGGAUUCUCUAGGAUUGGUAAAUUCAGAAAGGCCAAUGCAAAUAGAACUCGUUUCCUUACUGAAUCAGUUGACAAUUUGAGAAAGAAUUUGAUGAAUGAAUGGGGACUCAAGUUGAUGAUUCAAAUAGGACACCCAGAGGAGAUUAUUCCACAUUUGUGUUCUCAAUAUGAAAUUGAACAGGUUUUUGCAGAUAAGGAAGUAACAAGUGAGGAAACAAGUAUUGAACAAGUGUUGGAAAAACAAAUCAAUGUGAAUUAUUCUUAUGGAUUUUCAAUGGUUCAUGUUGAGGAUUUACCAUUCAAAAUAGAAAACCUUCCUCAUGUUUUUACUGAUUUUAGGAGAAAGGUCGAAAAUCCAAAGCUCAUAGUGAGACCACUUCUUCAAUUGAGUCCAAACGAAAAGAAACUAAUCUCAUCACGAGUAGUUAACCUCAUCCAAGAUGAAAAUGCACUUGGUAAAACACCAGAUUUGAAAGUUUUAGGAUAUACAGAUGAGGAAAUCUCAGAAAUGAUGGAAAAUCUCAAAGAUCCUCGUUCAGUUCUCCACUUCAAGGGAGGUGAGGAUGAAGCUCUUGCUCGCCUCAAUGACUAUCUCUGGACACAGGACAGACUGAAAACAUAUAAGGAAACCAGAAAUGGUCUCGUUGGAGAGGCAUACAGUAGUAAGCUGAGCCCAUGGCUUUCACUCGGUUGCAUUUCACCUCGUAAAAUUUAUCACGAAGUGAAAAGAUAUGAAAAGGAAAGAGUUGAAAAUGACAGCACUUAUUGGUUGAUUUUUGAAUUAUUGUGGAGAGAUUACUUUAGAUUCUUUGCUGAAAAGUUUGGAAAUCAUAUUUUCAUGUUGAAAGGUGUCACUCGUGCUUCAUCGAAAAGGAAGGGUCUGAUUGGAGAUAGCUCUUCCAAUAAGGUAGAAUCGAAAUAUGACGAAACUCGAUGGAAACAAGAUUUAAAAUUGUUCAAAUUGUGGGCAGAUGGUAAAACUGGUCUUCCAUUCGUUGAUGCCAACAUGAGAGAGCUCAAAAUUUCAGGUUGGAUGAGUAAUAGAGGUCGUCAAAAUGUUGCCAGUUUCCUCAGUAAGGAUUUGAAUUUGGAUUGGAGAUUGGGAGCUGAAUAUUUUGAAAGCUUACUAUUGGACCAUUCAGUGACGAGUAAUUGGGGUAAUUGGCUCUAUGCUGCUGGUGUUGGUGAUGUGGAUCCGAGAGGAGAGGCCAGAUAUUUCAAUGUUGUGAAACAGGGCUUUGAUUAUGAUUUCAAUGGAGAGUUUGUCAAGUUGUGGAUUCCUGAGCUUGAUCAGGUUCCCCAACGAUGCAUUCAUGCACCUUACUUGAUGAGUGAGUCUGAGCAGACGAAUGCUAAAUGUACUAUUGGAGUGGAUUAUCCUAAAUCAUUGGUGAAUGUGAAGGCUCAUCAUCAUUUGAAUGAGAAUGGAGUCAAGGCAAAUUAUAAACAUAAAACUGGUAAGGCCAAUGAAAGGGAGAGAAAAAUCAGAUAA